AUGGACCUACCUUCAGGGCCUCCGGUUGGUUCCGUGCCUAGCUAUCCAAUGCCUGCCUACCUCAAUUUCUUUCCUGGCGGUGUACUAAACACAUCUGAUGACACUGAAUCCCACACAUAUCAGCUUGAAUCAUAUUCCCAAAGUCAAUCAAAUUCGAGACCGAGCCCACCUUCCACUCCACGAUCCCGUCGCGGCCAGUCUCCCGAUGUUUUGGUGCACAAAGCAAAGAUUUCAGAUGACCGUCUCCAUCAAUUUGCGUUGCUAUCGAGCAAUGGAAAUCCAGAAACGCCACAUCACUUGCCGUCCUUGAGUGUGUUGGCAAAUGCUGCGUUUGGAAGAUUGUCGGGUGUUCCACCGGAUGCGGCAAAAGCCUGGGCCGACGCAAUGGUACUUCAAUACUUGGACGCGGAUGCUAUCCCAAUGCCACGAUCAGAAGAAGAGGUUCACAACAUGAAGCCAUCAUCCAUGAAAGUCACGGGUGAAUCACUAGUCGUUGCGCUUAAACGUCUGGAAAUGGAAGGUGCAAUGAUCGCGGAAGCGUCGGAUGCGUCCUCUGCUUUGCGACCUAGACCUUGUGGAUACGUCUUUAAACGUGGAGAUAUUGCAUGGAACUGUCGGACUUGUCAGACUGAUUCGACCUGUGUUAUCUGUGAUAGUUGCUUUCGUGCUUCGGACCACGAAGGACAUGAAGUGUAUUUUCACAGAACGACUCCAGGGGGUUGCUGCGAUUGUGGUGAUCCAGAGGCGUGGAAAGUGGAAGGCUGUUGCCCCACCCAUCGACCCCGGACCAAUACUAUUAUUGAAUCAAACACUGAUGAUCCGGAAGAGGCAGUCAGAAUGGCAAACCAGGGAUUGAAGGAUGGCAAAGAAGUGUUAAAGGAUCCUACAACUGCAUUGCCACCAAAGUUUGCAGCUGCAUUGGGGGUGGUUAUCGGUGCAGCGGUGAACUGUCUUGUUCAAGCAGUUGAUGGUGCAGGUAUUGCAGCCGACCCGGUGCAAUGGAAGCUCAGGUGGGCAGAUGAAGCAACCAAAAUCUGGAACUCGGUUCUUUCCAACGACGACUAUCAUCGUACUGGAUCUUCAGUGACUCCAGAAGCAUUUCUGCGAAGCUCCCUUCCACAACAACUUCCUCAGAACUUUCGCCUGCACCUGAGAUUGCACAAUGAUGACGUUCACACUUUUGAUGAGGUUAUUGAUGCUCUCCAUGAGCCACGCAGUCGCCGCAAUACAGCUCCUGGGGAAGAAAACGCAAACCCAUCCCUCGUCACACUUCGAGAAGCUGCAAAUGAAAUGACGCAUCAUGUGGAUUCAGACGGACAGGUGAAUGUCAAAGCCUUCAACUCGCUGACGACUGCCAUGCAAGGAUUCAGAAGGCUAAAGUCCCGUGGUCUCCAUUGUGCCGUGACAAGCACACCACAGGUGGAUAUGGAACUGAGAGCAAAAACUCUUGCGUCAUGGUUGACUGAAAUUAGCUCUGCUCACCCAGCUGCCGCAGUUCUAGUCGUGCAUGCCUUGGUACAAGUGACACCAGCUCAAGAAAUAGGUGGAAUUUCUGUCUGGAGUGAACCGAGAACUAUCCCUUCUUGGGUUGGAGCUGACGAAAAAGAUGCUGUGGAAGCUUGCAGAAAGCGAUUCAAUGCAUUUCCUCCGCAUCUACAGUCAAGCUUCUUAUCAAGCGACGAAGCCGAGAAACUUCAUACUAUGGCAAAGAAAAUCAACCCAGCAGCGUUGUCAGAGAUCACUGAUCUGCAGUUUUACUCGCAAGUUCCUUAUUAUUUGCCAUCUGAGCAAUAUCGCAAAUCACCGCAUGCUCUUUGGGGCACACUGCCAUCUCGCUAUGUUGACUCAACACCGCUUACUGAAAAGCAUCCUUUGCUGCACCGCUUAUCAAACCCAGAACACCCGAAUACUGCAUUUUUGCCGUCAAAUGAACUCACAGAGACCGUAUUCGUUGUUGACACUGAUCUAAGGAAACAACAUGAAGCUGAUCUGAUUACAUCCAGUGUUUUCCCCCACCGAUUACCAGGACUUCACCUCAUCAGCGGUGUAGGUACAACUCGGGUGCAAGCUCUGAACUCUCAAUCCCCACUACCAAAUCCCAUGGAAUUCAGACAUUUGCUGGCAACAUCGUCUUUUCGGGCGCCAAUGUCACCUAUCAUUCUGCUACUGCUCCUCGAUCCAUACCCAACGAAACAACUACGCGGUUCAAUCCACGCUCUCUUUUUGUCUCUUCUUACUGAUGCACGGUUCAAGUGCCGGUUUGCGGCGGCAUUGGGAAUUGCUUAUCGACCGUUGAGUACACUCUUCUGUGCCGGCGUCGGAACGGAGGCAGACACUCCAUUGGGAUUCACUGUACAAAUCUUUACAGCAGGGAGCUUAGUACGGGCGCUUGGAAGUGCUCCAGCGAUUGAGAAGCUUGUUUUGUCAGAUAAUGCCGAAUCGAAGAAUGACGAUGCUUCAAUUGGAGUCUUUACCAUGCCAAUCGGAUUGACUGUUGUUCGGUGUAUCCACACCAAUCUUCUUGGGGCGACGAAAGAGGUGCAUAUGAUUUUGAAAAAUACUGGAUCCGCGAAUGACGAUGUGAGCGACCACGAAGCGAAUCAAAAUGCAAAUGAUAGCUUGCUGCCAGCAUUGACCUAUGUUGCAGGAGAGCAUCCACUAAUGACAUCUCUUCCAGCAGCUCCUGACGAUGGAUUCCUAGACUCCAGAUCGACCAGACACAAGAGGCUGCCACAUCUUUUGCGGGAUCUUGAGUAUGUGAUUGAAACCCCUGGUACAGCCAUGCGACUACUUCUUCCACAUAGGUUUCCAGCAUACGAAGGGGAAUCAAUAUCUUCUCGCGGUGAAGAGAUUUUGACUUUCGCGACUGUUUGGGCAAGGCUACUUCGUCUAGCCCAGGGUAUGGAUCCGCAAAAGAGAAAAAUAUCUGGAGGGCAUGUCGAGUAUGAGCAAAAUCGAUGGUUGGAGGCUUUUGGUCUGAGUCUAAACUUUGCUGGAACGAGGGAUGCGUUGGCAGAGAGUCCAACAAACAGCAGCAGUGCAGCUCUUGCGCCGGUCUCAGAAGACGGAUCUCAUCUGGAGUUCAUUCACGAUGCAAUGGGCAAUAUCAUUGCUGCUGUUUUGAAGGAAAUGAAGCACUGGUUAUAUCGAGAAGAAAUGCUUGAAACCGGGCUGCCUAUGCCACCUGGAGGUGCACACGGUACUUCCGACUUGUCGCAAAUAGAAGCUCUACAACGGAGUACGCUGCAUGUGUCGGCUUCCCAGCUUGGUGGAUCGAGCGAGUCGCAAUCACCUUCGGCUGGUAGUAAGAGUACUAUCGCACUAUCGUGUGCAACUACAGUUAAGAUGACAGAAGCGCAGCUGGAUCUGAUUGAGAGUGCUCUUCGCGUUGAGGGAGCCCAACGCCAGUAUAAAGCUGGUUUGACGGCAGACGCAUCGACAAAACCGGGAGUAAGUGGAGCGGUGAUGGGAGACUGGCUUCGAGUUCCCCACUCUCCACUAGCAGGAGACUCUUUGUCGUUUCAUCUUCCUUUGCAUAGAGCUCUGGCGAAAACCGUUAGAAGCUUCUGCGGGGUGGUUGUACCGGAAGUCGUCAGGAAUAAUAAUCCAAAGGGAUGGUGGAAGUUGCCAAUUCUAGACGAGGAGGAGAUCGGCGAUGCUUCAAACAUCGGUUCAAAAUCACUGCAACACCCACUUGUUCCCAUAAUACGUCCAAUUCUGCGUUCUUCCAAUUGCCGGGUCGUCUGGUCAGCAGGUCCAGAGUGUUCUAGCCAAGAGGCACAACAAAGACGUUCUCGCUCAAGGGCUGUGUCCGCAAAUAUCGCCGUUGCAAAGAUCAUUCACUCUGUUGCUGAUCACCCUAUUCGUUGCCUAGCAGCUGCUCAACAGAUCGAACGCCACUUAUGGGCAAGAAAUGGGAGCUCAACUGCUGGAAUGGCAUUAAACUACUCGAAUGCUCCAUUAUGCCGCUCAUUCAAAGACCUUGACCUGACUUUGGUUCAGCUCUCUGCAUCGGGAAUGAGUGCUGGUCUUGGUGCACGUCGAGUUUUUGCUCUUCUAGUCAGUCGAUUUAAUAUGGAUGGGUAUUUGUGCGAUCCUGAGAGAAGAUCAACCACAGGUUCUUGGGUCAAUCCCCCAAGAUUACAAGACCCUGACCAUGCUGUUGUUCUCUCUGAAUCUUUCUUUGCAACGCUUUGUGUCUUGGUGACUGAACUUCCGACGCCUCCGCCAAUUUCAUCAUCGGAUGAAACUUGGCUUCGACAAAGUAUCCGGAGAGAGUUGAUUCAUGCAUUAGCAGCAGAGCCCCGAUCUCACAGCUCUGCAAUCUCUGCUGCUUCUUGCGCGGUUGGAAAGAGGGACGAAAGCGACGGCAGUGCAGGAACCAGUGCAGGUGGUGGCCUGUUUAGGGAAGUGUUUGCUCGAGUCUUGAAGAACGUUGGGAAACAGAAAAGUCGUGGGACACGUGCAACUUCUGGCCCGUCAUUGUUCGAACUCGACGAAUCGUGUUGCGAUGAGUAUGAUCCAGCCUUCUUCCAUCUGCGUCGAUCAGAGCAUCAGCAUGCAAUGGACGUGAUUGUGAAUCUAAGAAAACAGAAACUGAACAAAGAGAAGGGAAAAGGAGCAAAAGACUCGUAUUGCUUUCCUAUUGUCUGUCCACCUCCAAAGGCGCAUCCUCGAUUUCUUCCUUGUCGCCUCAUGCUACACCUGGCUCCGAUGGAUGCUGCCAUUCGGCGUUCACUGCUAUUUGCAUUGUUUGCUGGCUCAUGGCUUCCACCAAAUGAGCCUCUACCAAAGACAGAGAGUGAUGAUGGCAUGUCUUCUUCUGGCGAGAGUGACAGUAAUGGAGUUCUGGUGUCUCGUGGUAGCAAUGGCGAUGUCCCAGUGUUGACAUUUAGCCGCCGGGGAUUCCAACCAGGAGCAUCUCCAUCACGUCGCGGUUCUUCCUUUUCUGAGACAGACACUUUACCUCCAUUCUCUGCUGAGGUUCUCACCGCCUCAUCUGUGUCAUUUCUUGAGGUUCUUCAACUUCUCACUUUGCAAGUUCAUACCCUCGAAGAAUGCGCCUCUCUCCAUCGUGUACAACCAGACCUUGAUGAUGAAGCGAAAGCACUUUCAUCUAGCUUGUCUAUCAAUUCGUACCUUCGUCGACUGGUCGUUGUUCCAGAGAGCCUGAAGGACAUCUGGGCCCUACGCCCUUCCCCUGAAGGUCCACUAAAUUCCACGGGUAGCGGAGCCAAUCGUGGUUCGGUUCUGGGUCUCCUAAUUGCGCUCUAUGAACACAGGGCAGAUCGCGGCGCUGACGGUUCAUCUGGACAUGGUUCGGAUCAAGGAGACGACCACGGAGGUGCGCGAGCACUUGCUGCAAGCGGUCUAAAAUGGCUCUUGCGCUUUGUGCAUGCUCUUGUCGAUAAUGCGCCUAGUGUUGCCACAGCUGUGAAGAGUGCAACAACUGGAAUUCCAAUCCACAAAACAGCCAAUGCUUCCCCAACAGGUGGUGACGCUAGUAGAACCAUUUGGACAAUCGACGACGAAGUUCUCCAAUCAGUGAGAGGUAUGCUGUCAAAUCUGGCAGAUCUCUGGCCCAAGCCAGUUGAUGAGUCCCCAAACAAAUCAUCCAGUGCAGAUACGAAGAGCAAGGAGCGUGGAAAGGCUGCACAGCAAAAAAUGUUAGCCAUGAUGAAAAUGAAGCAAAAUGCGUUUGCAGCAGCCAUGGGACCAGCAGAUUCCACUUCUGAGAAGAAACCUGGAGCCUCGGAUCAGGAGGAAGAGCUAUGCAUCAUUUGCAGAUGCGACGAUGCCGAUGGUGAGAAUAAUGGACCACUCGGCUUUCUGGGACAUGUCCAACGUUCACGAGUUUCACAAAUGAGAGGAUGUAUCGAAAUUCCUAGAGAUUCUGAGAGUUCUUCGAUUUACCAGAAAUACCGAGUUGUUGGACAUAUGGGAUGCCAAGUUCGUGAAACGGAGGCUAUGGAUUCGAAACCAGUGUUCUGUUUACCGAGAGGUAGUAUUGUUUCAGUGAAGAAAGUCGCAGUUUCUGACAAUUAUGACAUCUUGUCUCGGCGAGUGCUUGUAAAGCAUGUCUCCGAAGAAACUGGCCAGGUUGUAGAAGGUUGGGCAAGUGUGCAGUCUUCUCAAGGCUAUGUGAUUCUCAGCCCCCUACUCUCGCUUUGCUACGAAAACACGAGAUGGGGCAACACAAGACCUAUUAUCCGGCUUUGUGGACAUGCCGCACACUUGAAAUGCGUUGAGAAGCAUACUUUGUCUCUACACCAGAGGGCUGCUGGUGAACAACCGUAUGAUGGUCGGUUUGCAGCUAAUAUUGACGAUGGAGAGUACUUGUGUCCCCUUUGCAAGCAGCUCUCUAACAUUCUUGUCCCUCGUGAUGGUUGCAUCCGAGAUAAAUCUUCUGAAGAGAAUGAGGAAGAUACUGAGAUGAAAAUUGCAGAUGCGGUGGGGGAGCAUCGUACAAGUCGACUACUGAUUGAGGGCACAACACUUCGAUCAAGCAAUUUGAAAUCCAUAAGUCGUCAUGGGCAGAAGGCUCUUGCAGAUUUCGGAGCUCACUUGCUACAAGCGAUGAGCGUCUCAUGGGAACGAACAACAGGCGCCAGAAAAAAGAAGCAUCGAAAGUGGCAUCCUGCAAUUCAACAGUGGGAUUAUGUGGAAGAUGACAGCGAACUAGAAGAUGAGACCUCUGGUAUCAAGGAUCUUCUCAGACUCCUGCGACAGCAACAUGUAGCAUGGGCAACUAUUGGGCACUCUGCAGCUGCAGCAGAAGCAUCAGUAAGAGGGCUAGAGGAAAUACUUCCAUUUGGAAGUUUUUCAAAAACAGAAGACCCCUGGACCUCGUACACUAAGUCGAAAAAUUCUGACCCAAUGCUUCUUGAGUUGACGCGAACUAUGACCGGAGUGUCCGGUCUUCUUGAGGUGCUUCUAGUCGAAAUGACAAAAAAUUUGAAUGAAGGAAAGGCCCCAAAUGCUGGGUACUCAUCGAUUAUUGGAAGGUGCCUUGCGGACAUCAUUGAAGGUCAUGGCUGGUAUACAUUUCUACAGGAUGGGAGCGUACCAAAUGACGACAAAACAAUGGUUCUUUGGAGUCAAUUGACGGCACAAAUGGCGUCUACCCCAUGUCACGUUGCCCGGGAUGGCAUGCUGUCGCAGCGACACGAAGCUCGAUCCGCUGCUGCUGCAAUGUGGACAGUUGGAGGAGUUGGAAACUCAACUCAAGCAGUUGGUCAACCUCCAGUUCCCCUUGCUAUCAAUAUGAUUGUAUCUACCAUAACCAAUGAGCAACCAGAGAUUGAAAGCAAUUGGGGAACUCUUUCCCCGUUUUUGAAGUCUGAGGCAGCCUCAUCCAUGUCGUUAUUCCGUCCCGGGAUCACAAGUGCCUACCUGUACACUCCAUUACUAGCAUGGGAUUUGAACUCAUUGGCUGGAGCAAUCUUUUCCACGGUCCUUCUGAACCGUGUGGAAGAUCUACCAAGUAGCGCAGAGAUUCUGCAAAUCGGCCAACUGUUAGUUGUUGGAAGAUUAAUGCAAGCGCUGGUGACACCACAUGGUUUCCAAACUCCAAGUGGUAUGGACACGGACGAAGAAGACGAGGAAGGACGUUGGGCAGCAGGCGAAAUGGGAAUGGAGGGAACUGAGCUGCUAAAACUUUUGUCCCACUGCAGGAAUAAAAUCAAGUCAAGCACUCUCGAGCGCGUUUGUAAGCUCUUGGAGGAAAAUCAAUCUGGAGCUGCCACCAGUAUAUUUAGCAAUCUGGGUCGUGCCAUACUACCGUUUGCAAGGUCAAUGAUCCUGAUGAUGAGAGCAUUUACGCUCGCCAUUGAAGACCGCAAGAAUCAAAGUCAGCAUUCGUUCAAGGAGUCGUCAGUGGAAGCAAAGGCUCUGGACGAACUACUAGAUGGGUCUGAAACACUUACAACGAACGAUGGGUUCUAUAUAUUGAAAGCCAUGCGAGGACCAAUGCCUUCACAGCUUGUUGAUGAAUCAGGCACCUGGUGGCAGCAAAUCAAUCGCUGGGUGGAUUCAGCAACGGUAUACGAAGCGCACCAUGGCUCCAGAGGAAGUUCAAUCUUGCCUGGGCUGUCCUCCGUUACCAUUUUGGAUGAUCAAAACAUAACAAAGAGUGCCCAAACAACAAGUGCAUCAACUUUAGGGUCUCAUCCUAGCAACCGUGGGGGCAGUUCCAGUCGGCAUGGCGGAAAUAGUUCUGACGAGGAGGACAUCAUGAUUGAUGAUAAUCCCACGAUGAACAACGGAGGUGAUGGUAUGGGAUUUGUUGUUGAUCAACACCUUGGAGAUUCUGACGAAGAGUUGAUAGAAGAUAUGGACAUGGACGAAGCCGAAGAAAUUGUCGACUUUGCGAACCAGGCACUCGAACAAGGGUUUGGUGGUAGAGGUCACGGCAGCGGAAAUGAUGCAGAGGACUCAGCCGAUGAUCCCAGCAGCUCGGGAUCUGAAGACGGGGAUGGAAACGAUAUUGCAUUGAUUUUUGCCGGUGUUUCACAGUCGCCUCUAAUUUCAUACCAACCCAGUCUGCUUGGAGUUGAGUCUAUUGGUCCUGGAAGACAAGGUUCAUUAUUUGAUGCCAAAGCUGCAAGCGCAGUAAUGGCUGACUUGAGCCACCUUGGUCUCGUUCACAAAAAGGGCGAACCGAUAUUCAGUCUUAUCCGACUUCCGAAGUCGUUUGUCGAGCUUUAUGGGAUUGUUAAUAAAGUCAAAGGAAGAGAUGAAGCAACACUUGAAGAUUCAGAGGAAAUCGGAAAUUCUGAAACUGCAAUCUGUCUCUUGACAGGAGCAGUCAUGAGAUCUGGUUCCACACGAAGGCCAUUCCAUCGUUCACAGCGCCCUCCUGGUGCCUGUACAAUCCAUGCGAGAAAGAACGGAUCAGGGAUUGGGAUUUUCUUCUUGGUCCAGAAGUGUACUGUACUGCUAAUGCACAACAACAAGUCCGCGUAUUCUGCAAGUUUGUAUGUUGAUGAACAUGGCGAAGAAGAUCCUGGACUCAGACGUGGACGUCCACUGUUUCUCAACGACGCCCGGUAUCGGGCACUUGAACUAUUGUGGAGGCAACAAGGCAUUCCGCGAGAAGUUGCUCAGAUUCGAUCCACAUCCGACAGGGUAAUCAGAGAUAACUGGUACUAG